UGCCCAAGUGUAAUUAUGAGUGACCGGUUGCCGGUAAAACGAGGGCAAGCAGUGCUAACCCGUCCUUUUCGGCCUCGAAAUAAACUCCAAGCCACUCAGAUCCUCUUCCUUGUCUCCCUCUCCUCCACCGACCCCCCGGUUUCUUCUUUCCAUAACCCCGAGCUUUUGGAUUUGGUAGCUGCAACGAUGAGUGGCGGUGGCCAGUUGAUCUCUGUUUAUCCUGAAGAACUCACUUUCGAAUUUGAGCUGGACAAGCCUUCGUAUUGCAAUCUCAAGGUUGUUAACAAUACCGAACACCAUGUCGCUUUUAAGGUUAAAACGACUUCACCAAAGAGAUACUUUGUCCGACCAAACACAAGUGUGAUCCAGCCUUGGGACUCAUGUACCAUAACAGUCACCCUCCAACCGCAAAAUGAGUAUCCGCCUGACAUGCAAUGCAAGGACAAAUUUCUCUUCCAGAGCACCAAGGUGCCCCCGAGCACCGACAUGGACGAGCUCCCUCCAGAUACGUUUAGUAAAGAUGGUGAUAAGGUGAUAGAGGAAUUGAAGCUUAGGGUUGUUUACAUGGCUUCAUCACAAUCUAGCCAUGGAAACUCAGAAGAAGAUUCAGGCCUUACUUCAUCUACAAGCUUGAAAUGGGAUUCUGAUAAUCUCUCGAUGCUUAAGAAUUCCAGUAUUGAAGAGAUCCAAGCAGUUCAGCAUCUGAAGGAGGAAAGAGAUGCCAUUCUCCAACAGAAUCAACAAUUACAACGUGAACUGGUUAUUCUGAAGAGGCGUAGAAACCGUAAAAGCGAUGCAGGCUUUUCGUUGACUUUUACUGCAUUUGCUGGGCUGGUGGGUUUGAUGGUUGGCGUCAUAUUAAAUUUUAUGUUUUCUUCACCACCUACUGCAUGAAGUUACAGGUUGCAAGCUUGAAAAUUUAUACACUCUGUAGUGCUUGAAAAUGGAUUGGUACUAUUUCACUCUUCUUCAUAAACCACACUUUGUGGUCCGUUCUCUCCAGUAGUUGGCCCCGAAAGAAGUUUGGUUGCAAGUGAUCUGGUCUUUGUGGCUUUGUCAUCGUUGUCUCCUCCAUUCUUCUUUUUAGUUUAAUGACUUGCAACAUGUUUUCUUUUGUUAUUUGCCUUGUAAUUAUGCUCAAAAUGACUUGGUCAUUGUAUAGCUUGUCCCAUGGCUAUUCACUCUUUUCGUCUUCUUUCCUGU